AUUUCAUUCCAUGCGCGGACGUCGUUUAGUGAUUUUGUGCCAUAUGCUGGCUAGUUCCAAGUAAAUGUAAAGAAAGCAGCUGCAGCUACACAUUCAUUUAUAUGUAAUAUCAGUGUACUUGUGGAAAAAUCUAAAAAUUUUAAUAUUUGAAUUUUACUUUGCUGUUUAUUUGUAAUGGCGAAUCUUCGAAUUAUUCUACUCGUACGUCUCGCCAAUUAAUUAGUUAAAAUUUGUUUGAAAUGCAUGUCAUAUAUGCAAACAUUGCAAAAAGAUAUAGCAAUUGAAAUCAAAAGUGUAUUUAUGUUUUUGUGUAAUAAAGAUAACGUCGACUAUACAAAUUUUACAUUUGUAAUACCGCGGAAUUUGUGCGAAACAAAAAUAGCGGAUGAAAUUGAACAGUUGAAUAAAUUUUCAUGUGGCGGUUACAGUGAUGAGACAACAAUAGUUUAUUUAGUGCAUCCAUGUCGAAUCUUAUCAGCGCUUGAGAUUUUAGGUUUUCGUGUGGUCGCUUCCUCCUCAACAUCCGUUAAGCAGGACUACAACGAGUAUAUGUGGACUAUGCGAAAAGAGUUCCACGAACCAGAGCCACUAGAAACAGAAUCCGUUGUGCGCGAGAAUCUUUCGAAUAUAGGACGCGAAGCAGCUGGUUUGGGCAGCUAUCACAAAGUUGACUCGCCUGAAUAAGAAAUUAAAUAAAGUAAACAUAAAAUAUACAUGCAUACGUAUCUCUAUAUGUGAUUUCUAUCGAAAGCUCGUGACUAGCCUCUGAUCUCCCCGCCACGAGAAUAACAUAUGCAAAAAGUGAAAAGGAGGUGGACUAAAGAUAUUGAACAACAACAGCAAAAUUAACAUUGCACCUCGAAAAAGUGCGCGCACAAAGUUAUAUCAAAUCAGAUUCAACAAACAAGUGCAAUCGAAACAAUAUUACUAAUUACAUGGUACAACAAUACCAAAAGCUAUCGCUGUGCUAAACGCGCAUAGAACUGAAAGAAAGCAAAAUACUUUAGAAGUAAUUUUGUUGAAAUCAAAAAAAAAAUCUUUAGAAGAAAUUAAAUUUAACGCUUUUCAUUUCUUCAUUUUUUGUUUUAUUAUUAAAUUGCAUUUAAACUAAAUUUUCCACCAACCUAAGGAUAGUGACAAGUUGAACAAAAGCUAACGAAACAAAUGGACGCCCAAAUACCAACACAAGCGCCCGCACAACCGGUGCCCGCCGAAGCGCAACCCGCCCCUAGCAACCCGAACACCAAUGUCGGUGCUGCCGCAGCGGCCGUUAAUUAUGUCACCACCACAGCUACAUCAUCGGUGGCUGCCCAGACGGCGACUUCAACAAACUCCGUGCCGAAUUCGGUAGCGAAUGUUGUUACCAUACCCGUACCCAUUGUACAAAACGAAGAGAACUACACAUAUGUGACGGUGAAGGGUUCGCUGCACGAUCGCUCAUGCGCCGUGUUCGGUCUUAACGAUACGGAAAUCCAAGCGUUGUCAAAACGUUUCGGUAACGGUUUAAAAGGUGCCGUAAAUGGUGUAAUGGUAACGAUUCCACCCAUGGAUAUGGUAAACACAUUGGCGCAAUUGAGCUAUAAAGUGAUUUGUAGUUGUGGUGAGGCGGAGAUCAGUUGGACUAUGCAACGCGAAAUUUAAACCACCCUUCGUAGCAUGACAGCCGAACAACUAAAGUUUAAUACUUAUUGAAAUUUGCAAAUUUAACUGUUAACAAAAAGACAAAACCGACAGAUUUACAUAAAUGCUAUGCUAUACAAAAGGAAUAA